CCGUAGAUCUCGUAAGUAUGGUCUGUAAGUGGCCCCUGCGCGGGCCCCUUGCCUCGAGGUCGAAUUGGACUUCCAAUCCGACACUUAGGGGCAAUGCUUGCCGUCGAACCAGAUGCCAUUACUUCUUUUCUCGCGCCUUUGCGGUCAAUCAUCGACGCAAGGAGAGAGAAGCAUCAAUCAUUGAAAUUGUUUCACACGUCGUUCCGAGAUUUUCUGCUAAGUGCAGGAGCAGGAGUCUUUCGCAUCAACAGGGUGGCAUGCCACAGGAGACUCGGUUUCGCCAGUUUAGAGCUGCUUCACAGUAGAGAGCCCCUGCGGGGGAACUGUUGUGACUUAUCUCCGGGCACUGAAUUGAGAGAAAUACCGACACAGCUGAUCAAUGAUCGCUUACCAUCUCAAGUUCAAUAUGCUUGUCUCCACUGGGUCGGACAUCUUACUCAAGCUCAGUACGCACUGCGAGCUGACGACCAUGUCCACCAAUUUCUCGAAGUUCACUUUCUCCACUGGAUCGAGGCACUGGCUAUUCUGGGAUCUGCAACAAAAUCCAUACAAUUCACCAAUGCGUUACUGUCUCUCAAAAUGGAUGACGACUCCGGUUUACUUCGGGACCUGAUACAAGACAUCAAGAGCUUUUUAACGAGCCAAAUUUUGUCUUUCGAAGCCUUUCCUCGUCAAGUCUACUUUUUUGCACUUCUCUUUGCUCCUAGCGGUAGUGUGGUCCGUAAGACAUUCAAGAAGUGGAUUCCGAAAUUCAUUACGACGCAGCCCGCUGUGGGCUCAAACUGGACAUCACGACUGCAUUCAUUCCGUAUCGCGGAUAAGACGUCUACAUAUCUUUACUCGCUAUGUUUUUCGCCUAACGAAAAGCUCCUGGCACUGGGACUAUCGGAUGGCGCAAUCGUAAUUCGCACAAUUCUCACUGGUACCUUGUUGCAGGUCAUACGUGCACAUAAGGAUGCUGUCAUCGCUCUAGCUCUCUUCAGCGACUCAAGGCGGGUUGCAUCUUCAUCCAUGUAUUCAUUGAUGAUCCAUCUUGCGGAAUCAGGCGAAUUGAUCGAGGAAACUGCUUCGAUGGGACAAAAGCUCGUAUCAUUGGACAUAUCUCGAUGCUCGGCCACGGUGGCUAUCGCGUCCUGGGGUUUAGCUGUCGAACAUGGGCUGAUAUCUCUUGAAGGGAAAGCUUUCAGGCUCCUCGGAACCAUUGACGGCAAAGACUCGCUUCGUCCAUCAAUCACAGUGUCGCAAGAUUCAAAGCUAGUGGCUGGGUCUGCCGGACGCUAUAUCAAAAUCUGGUCGAUUCAUGGCGGCACGUGUCUCCAGGCACUGGGGGAUUCUCACAAUGUGCCAUUGGUGUUAUUCCUACCAUCUGGAAUCUUUUUGUCUCGAAUUUGCGAUGGAACCAUCAGGUUCUGGUGCUGUAGUCAAAAGGCGUCUACACUCAGACCGUCAAGAUGGACUCUCUUCCGUAUAUACACAGCGCUUUCUCGCCCGCAUCAGGACUGGUAGCACUUUGUCAGAAACACCAUCGUAUUGAGAUCCGGUCUUUCGAGUCGAACCAGACCUUCCGGGAAGUCUUCUACACAAGAUACCUACACGAUA